GACCAGUGCAAGUAUCGCCGGGGCACAUGGAAGGAGUGUGACGCGGUGACCAAUGUGCGACGCAUGGUGAGAACACUGAAGAAACAACGACCAGGAUGUCCUCUUACACUCACCAUAGAGAAGGCCUGUAGGCCCAGCCACAAACAACAGCGAGGGUGCAAAUACAAGCGAGGGCAGUGGAGCGAAUGUGAUGGUACAACUAACAUCAAAACGAUGGUUAAAACUUUGAAACGUGGUGAUCCUGCGUCCUGUCCUCCAACUCAGACUAAAGAAAAAAUUUGCAAGCGUAAACAUGCUGGACUCAAAGAUAACUGCAAGUACCGGAAGGCUGGUCGCUGGAGCACGUGUGACAUGAAAACAGGGCUGAUAUCCCGGGAAAUGGUACUGAAGAAAGGGGAUGCAAAUGUCUGUCUUCCCAGCAAAACUGUUACUAAGUCAUGUAGUAAAAAGCGUGGAAAUAGAGGCAAGUCAGGUUGUAAGUAUGACAAGAGUGUCUGGAGUCCAUGUGAUGCAGCAACGAACAAGGUGACACGCACCCUGACCCUCGUUUCUGGUGACCCUACAUUAUGUAACGCGACCAAGACACAGACCAAGAGAUGCAAGGACAAGCACCUUAGACCUCACUUAUGCAAGUAUCGUCGUACAUCAUGGGGAGAAUGUGACCCAGGGACAAACAUGCGCGAGAUGGUGAAGACACUGAAACGUGGGGACCCAUCCAAGUGCGAACCCACACAGACGAUUGAGCGGAAGUGUCGGUCCAGCAGGAACACAAAAGUGUGCAAGUACAAGAAGGAGCCAUGGUCAGCCUGUGACCCAACUACAAACCUAAUAAUGCGCCGACAGGUGCUGCAAUCAGGCCCUGCCACAUGUCGGUCUGUGAAAGAGUAUACACGCAAGUGUAAGAAAGAAUGUCGGUUUGUAUCAGGAGAAUGGUCGGAAUGUGAUAUUGAAUCAGAACAGAUGACGAGAGUUGACAAUCUUCGCCCCGGGUCUCUUGAAACCUGCCCAUCUACAAGAGUACUUAACAAGCCAUGUGGCAGGAAGGAAAAACGUUGUGUGUAUGGAGAGGCGGACUGGUUGGAGUGUGACUCAUCAGACCAGCCAGUGCGUACGCGUACGCAACCCCUUUUGUCCGGUGGACCAAGCUGUUUACCAGAACGUGUCACAACCAAGUCGUGCAAGAAGAAAAAUGGCCAAGAGAGGUGUUUCUACGGGCCCUGGCAGGCAUAUGACGAGUGUCAAAACGGUGUGAGGAAGAAGAUUAGAACAGUGCUACAGGGCGGGCUUGAGUGUGAACGCAAGUCAGUCAAGAUGAAGGCCUGCUAGUGAAGACCAUCACAACUGAUCACAAACUGAAAACUACUAGUGUUAAUCAUCGCAACUUUUCACAAAAUAAUGGUUUGCUAGUGUAAACCAUCACAACUGAUCUAACAAUGAAGGCUUACUAGUGUUAAUCAUCGCAACUUUUCAUAAAACAGAGGCACGCAAGUGUAAACCAUCAUAACUUAUUGCAAGACAGGCCUUGCUAGUGUAAACCAAAGCAGCUUCUUAGUCUCUAAAGAUGAAAGAAUGCUAGCUUACACUGUCAUAACUUCUUUUGUCUCUUAAGAUGAAAGCAUACUAGCAUAGUCAAUCGUAUCUGAUUUCUUCUCUAAAGAGGAAAGCCUGGUAGGGUAGGACACCACGUCUGACAAAGCUUCUAAAAGUGGUUGCACUAAAGCAGCCUAUUACGGUAAAGAAGUAGAUUGAAGUACUGCUUGACUAAGUUGUCUAGGACAUGUACAGGAUUGACUUUUAAUAUUGAUACAUGUGUCAUUGUUUAAAAGGUUCAAGCUUUUGCAGAUUUUUAUAUUUUAUAAGUUUUUAAUCAAGCCAUGAGUAUGUUUAGACAGAACUGAAUAAAUAAUUUUAAUUGUUACUAACAAAAUAUUGUAAAAAAUAGCAUGACAUAAAAAUGACGAAAAAAGAAUUACCAUUAUCUUAUGAAGCUGACUUGCUGAACAAGCUUUUGUAGUUUUUAUUGUAAAUUUGACCAAGUAUUUUAAAGAAAUAGUUAUUCAUAAUAAAAAUGAUGUAUUAUUAGAGCUUUUAUUUAUUGUCUACAUUUAUCAUUUUAUAAUUCUGUAGUAAAUUAUUUAGUAAUUUGGUUAGUUUUUUUAGAAGAUCUAGUGAUAAUUGUACAACAGUUUACAUUUAUUUGUCCCAUUAAACAGUAUUAUGGCAGUUGUCAUUUAUAUUUAUUAUUAAUUUUUAGGACAAGUUGGUGUAAUGUUACAUGUAUAAGUGUCCCCCCUGUUGAUCAUAUGUAUUACUAAAUCCCCACAAUAACUUAUCGUGUUUAUUUCAUAUCUUUAGCAUGCCUAUAUUUCGAAAACAAGUGGAGUUAUUGCCACAGCAUAGUUGUCAUCAACAUAGUUCAACAAGCUUGACCAUAACUAAAAACACUUUGAAGAUAUUCAAAUGAAACUUAGUUCACCUGUUGCCAGAUACAGAACCCAAAUUCAUAGGAAGGCCUAUAACUCAGGCUUUAAUAAUUAAUGUGUAAUUCCUGUAUUUAGGCUGUCAAAAAAACAAAAUACAAGUUUGGUUUUCACUCCAUUGUGCUCUUGUUGCUCAUAAUUGUUGUAUCGGUAGGACUGAUGGAAUUUCUAUUAUGUUUCUGUAUAAGAUUCCAAAUAUUAAAAAUUAUUCAUCGUUUGUGUUUAAAGGUUAAAUUAGCACCCUUUAAAGGAUAAAGGCAUUUGAUUUUUAUUCCUUAGUUUUUGUAAUUAAUUGUUGAUUUAAUGUGUUUAUAUAGUAUGCAUAUACAUGUUGUAAUACAUGUAGAUUAUUGUGUAAUAGACUUACAUGUUUUAUGUGUUAGUUUAAUUUUUGAAUAUUCUGUGAUAAAUAUUCAUGUGAUGAUGGGCAUAAAUUUCCACUCAGUGAGAAAAUAAGACACAAAUUUUCCUUUUAGCUUGAUUACAUCUUGGUCUUCUGGGAAAUAUCUCCAGAAAACAACAUCAGCUAACCUCAUUGUAUAUUGAACUUAACAUGUUAGGAUCAGAAAUAGGCACAUGGUACAAGUUCCAAUGACUUGUGCUUCCUUAAAUCAUCUUGGUCUAUCAAUAUCGAAUAAUGGAGCCUAUUAUGUUUUAAAUAGGGCUCCUUUUAUCCCACAAUAUAUAGGAUCUCUGGUAAUAUACAUGCCUUUUACAAAGUAUGUGUUAAUUCCCAUGUACAUGUAGGUAUAGUUAGGUACAUUGAUAAUAAAGUUGAAAAAGAGGUUGCAAAACAAACUGUUAAAUGUUAAUGUAUUAGCUUUAAAAAAAUUGUUGAGUAUUUUGCUAUUUGAGCAAACCAUCUUUAAAGGUGUUGAUUUAUCAAAUACAAUAUACAGACGUCUUUUCAGAGUAUACAUUGUAUGUUUUUUUUAUGUGAUUAUCCUUUUAAGAGGAACUGUGAACAGUGUAGGCAUACUUUAGUUGUUAGAAAUGAGGGCAUUAUGUCAGAAUUGUUUGACUUGCACAACAUUUUUUGGAAAUAAAAAAAGCAACAUUG